AUGCCCAUUGAAAAUGCCAUUCCUGUUGAGAAUAAAAAGCCAAUUCUAUUUCAUGAUGUUUCAAACGUGGAAGAUUUGAAAAAAUUGUUACUCUCUGGUGCUAAUAUAAAUGAAAAGAAUCAUUUUGAGGAAACUCCUUUACUUAGGGCUGUAUGUCUUGAAGUGGACAUUCAGGUUAUUAAGGAAUUUCUGUUCCAAGGAGCUGAUGUGAAUGCAAAAAAUUGUUUUGGAAUUACUCCACUUUAUUGUGCUAUUGCAAGGCAUGGAGACAAUUUAGAUAUUGUUAGAUUGCUUCUGGAAAAUGGAGCUGAUAUUUCAAAUAGAAAACGAUAUUAUGACCGGUUGUUAGAUCAUUACAUCAUGCUUGAUCCAUGUUUACAUGAGGCCAACUAUUGUGCCCAAUGGAAGGUCACAUCUCUUUCAGGAAGAUCACGUGACCGCAAUGGGACAUUGGCAAAUAGUUGUCCCAAUGGGACAACCAUUUGUCAUUGUCUCAUUGGGGUCACCUAA